AUGGCGAGGAAUUCAGGGGUUUUGAUACGGCAGUUGCUUGGCAAUCCCGACAACCCGUGUGCAGUAGGUCUUCUUCAUCUUCUUCACCAAAAACCCAUCCAAAACCUAGCUUCAGUACCAAAUACCACACCAUCUUCACCCCACACAAUCGGUAUCCGUUCCGCUUCCAAACCCUUCUCCAAUUAUUCCAUUCACACCCCAACCCUUCAAUUUCUGCAACAGAGACGAUGCCUCUCCUCAUCCUCACUCUCAGAGUCAGAUUCAGAUUCAAAACAUUUACUUUCAGGUCCCUCAAACCUAUUCCUCAUACAGUGCAUGGCUGUGCAUCAAGAUGCAGUUGACAAUGUUGAAGACGCUAGGUUGUCUGCGGUUUUCUACUACACAGCACCCAGGUGCCGGGCUACCCGUAAGUGGGUAACUCCAAUCCUUGAUGAGUUGUGUGAGCAAUUCCAACACAUAAAAAUGUAUAUGGUUUACAUGGAUAAGAAUGCCCCUAACUCAUUGGACAUAUCGGAAGAUCCUUAUAAGAUGAAUGGCCCUGGAUACCCUAUUGACUUGCGUGGAUUUUAUUACAAAGAGAAUAUCGCUGGAUCCAGAUUGGACAAGUUGGGAAUUCACAAGACGCCAACGUUCCAUUGCUAUCUAAAAGGGAAAAGGGUAGAUGAGGUUUCCGGUGCUUCUAUCAAACACUUGAAAAAGAGACUUGAAAAUGUCUACAAUCCAUCUGGGAUGAAGAAAAGGAGGAAAGAUGAGAAUAAUAGAGGAUUUGUUACAGUACAUCCAAGUAUGUUUCCUGAAACAUCAUUUAUUGAGAUGAAGGCCAAACUUCGACAAGAAAUUUUUAAUUUUGAUGGUGAGGAAAAGAUGUAUGAGGAGGAAAAGAUGACAGAUGACGAGUACAAGAGGGCAAAGGACAAGAAUCACAAGAUGAUGUGGUUUGCCAAAGGGUUGCUUUCAAGUGAAAAGAAGAGAAAGAUGUUUUGUAAAUUGAAAGAUCCUGAAGCCAAGCGCGAAUGGAUUGAGAGUGAAAUGGCUAAGGAAUGA